CUUUCCACUUGGAUGCCAAAGUCGGGAUCAGACCAUGUCUAGCAGUUCUGCUGAUUACAACAGUUCAAGAGACCAAGACCAUGGAGGGCCGGAGGGGAUGGAGCCUGAUGGUGUCAUCGAGAGCAACUGGAAUGAGAUUACAGACAACUUUGAUGACAUGAACUUAAAAGAGACCCUCUUAAGAGGAAUAUAUGCUUAUGGUUUUGAGAAGCCCUCAGCAAUUCAACAAAGAGCCAUCAUUCCUUGCAUCAAAGGUUAUGAUGUUAUUGCGCAAGCUCAGUCAGGCACAGGCAAGACUGCCACAUUUGCCAUCUCCAUCUUGCAGCAGUUGGAUAUAGACCAGAAGGAGACCCAGGCUUUAGUUCUGGCACCCACCAGAGAGCUGGCUCAGCAGAUCCAAAAAGUAAUCCUGGCUCUUGGCGACUACAUGGGAGCCUCAUGUCAUGCCUGCAUUGGUGGCACGAAUGUCCGCAAUGAAAUGCAAAAGCUCCAGGCUGAAGCUCCUCACAUUGUGGUGGGCACCCCUGGUCGUGUGUUCGACAUGUUGAACAGACGGUAUCUGUCUCCUAAGUGGAUCAAGAUGUUUGUCUUGGAUGAAGCUGAUGAAAUGCUGAGUCGUGGAUUUAAGGACCAGAUCUAUGAGAUCUUCCAAAAAUUAAGCACAAAUAUUCAGGUGGUGCUCCUCUCUGCUACCAUGCCUGCUGAUGUGUUGGAGGUGACUACAAAGUUUAUGCGGGAACCAGUUCGGAUUCUGGUGAAGAAGGAAGAACUUACCCUUGAGGGUAUCAAGCAGUUCUACAUCAAUGUAGAGAGAGAGGAAUGGAAACUGGACACGCUCUGCGACUUGUACGAGACCCUUACCAUUACUCAAGCAGUCAUUUUCUUGAAUACACGAAGGAAAGUAGACUGGCUGACAGAGAAGAUGCAUGCACGAGACUUCACGGUGUCUGCCUUGCACGGGGAUAUGGACCAGAAGGAAAGAGACGUCAUCAUGAGAGAGUUCCGGUCUGGUUCCAGCCGGGUGCUCAUCACCACAGACUUGCUGGCUCGUGGAAUUGAUGUGCAGCAGGUUUCACUUGUGAUUAACUAUGACCUUCCAACCAAUCGAGAGAAUUACAUUCACAGGAUUGGGCGUGGUGGUCGUUUUGGCAGGAAAGGGGUUGCCAUCAACUUUGUGACUGAAGAGGACAAAAGAAUUCUCCGGGACAUAGAGACUUUUUACAAUACUACAGUUGAGGAGAUGCCAAUGAACGUUGCAGAUCUGAUUUAAACUCUGGUGGCUCUUAAAUGCAGGUAUAGCUAUUGAAUAAUCACUUGCAUUGCGCUUCUUUUAUUGAAGGAAUAUCCCUAUUCUUCUCGAUGCUGGCUGUGGACAAGACUUCACAAAAUUAAAAGUGACGUGACUUAUUGUGCGGACGGUUGUAGACUCAAACAUAACAGUUUGACUGCUGGUGCGGAAUGCAAAACAUGAGGUCUUUAAAUGUAUUCUUUAUCAGGUAUUUUUUUCCUAGUUCAUUAAAUAUGUAUGUAUUAGAUGUUCUUCACCAUUUGGUAAUUUACUUGUGGACUAAAAGAUAUAAGUGUUGCAUUAAGUCUGCUAAUUAUGUUAUGCUAACAUAUGUGCAGUUCAAUAUGGAUCACUGCACGCUUCCAUAAUAUACAUGCACUUUUUAGUUUUAGUUUUGUGGAAUGUAUUAAUUUAAUUGUAUAUCUGGUUAAGUAUUUCUUUGGCCCACCUCUCAAGAGGAUUUGACAUUCAUACUACAUUUGAGUACAUGCUUGUGUUUCUUUUGAAGUAUCUGACCCAUUUUAAAAUAAAGAGGAUUAUGUUGGC